AUGGGACUAAUCAUCAGAGGAGCCAGGAUCGCCUCGCGUAUUCCUAGAACACCGCUAUGGACAUCACAAUACCGCAGCGCAUCUCGCGCGACGUACACAGUGCCCAUCGCUCAACCGACGCCUGAAGACAAGCACUGGAACAUUCCUACCAUUGCCGAAUGCCCUUCACCGACUUGCCAAUGCAGAGAGACACCGACUGGGUUGGACAUCGAUCGCGAGAGCAAGCUUAACGGGACCAUGCCGGCGUAUGCUGAGCAGGUCAUUAUCUCGACCGGCAGAUCGGAUUGGAAGAGCAGGAUACAAGAAGAUCAGGACAGCGUGCUUGUGAAUCAGAUGGCUAAGUUUACUGGGCCCAAGGGCAAGUUUUCUGACCCAUACCACAAUGUGUCCGUCAUAAACUCGUCGAUCCCGCCCACGCCCUUCGAAGACGCUGAAGCAUCAACACAGCCUGCACAGAAGGCAAACACAGUACCUGCCGCCAAACCUGGCUCUGACCCAGAUGUCGUUCCUCAAGACACUCCCAACACAGCUCCCGCCUCGGCUUUCCUCUUUCCCAGCUUCCAAUACGUUCCCAACAUUCCCACCGAUGACAGUGGCGUCGAAGCAUUCAUCAAAGGAUUCGUCCUACCUCCAACUCUACAUGCAUCACACGAUCGCUUGACAAGGGCGCAAAAGAACACACUGCUUCAUGAGCCUGAGAUGCGCAAACAAUUCCCUGGAGCGCGGUCAGUGCACGAGAUUAUCGUCUUGAUCUGUGGUCACGGUGGACGCGACGAAAGAUGUGGAAAGAUGGGACCAAUUCUGCAGGCAGAAUUCGCGGACAAGCUGGAGAGACAGAACAUUCCUGUCAUCAAGGAAGCACCUCCUCACGAUACAGUGCAGCCCGAUUACUCGAUUGAAGAGUACCAGCCUGCAGCAAGAGUUGGACAGAUCUCGCAUAUUGGAGGACACAAGUGGGCUGGCAAUGUGAUUGUAUACAUCCCGCCUAGCUUCAAGACUAAUCCUCUGGCGGGCUGCGGUAUCUGGUACGGCAGAGUAGAGCCUCAGCAUGUCGAGGGUAUUGUCGGCAAGACAUUGAUCGACGGCAAAGUCAUAAAGAAUCUCUUUAGAGGAGGUAUCCGCGAAGGUGGUGAGAUCCUAAGACUCGACCUGGAUUAG